AUGCCGUAACACAGGAAAUGGACACGACGGAGCAAGCGAUUAUAUCAGAUACACCUUGCCAACAAUGCAUGUCUGUAAGCAAUUGGCACUAAAGCUAGCUAGAUAGAGAAUCUAUUUACAAUCAAGAUAGUAAGGAUGAUGCCAACCAGAAAAGCCGCAGAGUCUCUAAGUAGUCUAGACCGUGCGCCUUGGUGCGAGAAAUUCCCAUUCCACGAAAUGCUUCCUGCAAGGGGAGAAGACAGAUGCCCUGAUGGAACCGGCAGGAACGAAAGAAAAAAGAAAAAAGUCACAUACAGUAAGAAAGCAGCAAGGGACGUGGAUGCCCUGCUAUCUUAGAUAAAUAGG